UAGCUGUACUUCUCCAUGGACAGGAAAUGACCCUUCCAUAAACUGCUUCUUUUAAAACAACAGUGGUGCCUGAAGCUAUCCAGUCUCUCUGUCUUUGCACCCCCACCCACCCCCAGCACACACAUACACACACACUGACACAGACACACACACAUAUUCACUCUUUCUCUCUUUCUUGCAGUAGAGGGCUCUCAGCGUACCUUCCUGCCUCAGCCUUGUGUAUACUAUUAGCUCAUGCUGUGCACAGCGUACAGCCCAUGUGCUCUGUAUGGACGUUGAUGCCGCUGUAUGUAGAUCGAUUCUCUGCAGUCUGAAAAGAUGUGUAGCACCCCUCAUGACCCUUUUUAUUCUUCUCCUUUUGGGCCAUUCUAUAGAAGACACACACCAUACAUGGUGCAGCCAGAGUAUCGGAUAUAUGAGCUAAACAAGAGGUUUCAGUCUCGCACAGAGGACUGUGACAACCUCUGGUGGGAUGCUUUUGCAACAGAGUUUUUUGAAGAUGAUGCCACAUUAACACUUUCAUUCUGUUUGGAAGAUGGACCAAAGAGAUACACCAUUGGAAGAACUCUCAUUCCUCGUUACUUCAGCACAGUAUUUGAAGGAGGAGUAACUGACCUCUACUACAUUCUAAAGCACUCCAAGGAAUCCUACCACAAUUCCUCUAUUACACUGGACUGUGAUCAGUGCACCAUGGUUACUCAGCAUGGAAAGCCAAUGUUUACUAAGGUAUGCACAGAAGGACGACUUAUCCUGGAGUUUACAUUUGAUGAGCUAAUGAGAAUAAAGACUUGGCACUUUACUGUUAGACAAUAUAGAGAAUUAGUUCCUCGAAGUAUUUUAGCCAUGCAUGCACAAGACUCUCAGGUGCUGGAACAGCUGUCCAAAAACAUCACCCGGAUGGGUUUGACUAGUUUCACCCUCAACUACCUCAGGUUGUGUGUAAUAUUGGAGCCAAUGCAGGAACUGAUGUCAAGACACAAAACGUACAACUUAAGCCCUCGGGACUGCCUGAAAACAUGCCUGUUCCAAAAAUGGCAAAGAAUGGUAGCACCGCCAGCAGAACCUACACGGCAGCCAACCACCAAAAGAAGAAAAAGGAAAAAUUCAACCAACAGCACUUCAAACAACAGUACAGGAAAUACUUCCAACAGUACCAGUAAGAAGAAGAACACGGGAUCAAACCUGAGUCUGUCCAAUCAGGUACCUGACAUAAUGAAGCUUCAGACACCACUGGAAGGAGCAUCUGUUCCCUUUUCUAGCAUCUUUUUACGGAUUCCACACCCUGCAAACUGCCUCUCUAGUAUGCUCACUUCGAGUGUUCUAAACCGGCAGAGGAGGUAUCCAGAUGUGAUGGUGGUGGGUGAGCCAACUCUGAUGGGUGGAGAAUUUGGUGAUGAAGAUGAAAGGCUUAUCACAAGACUAGAAAAUACUCAGUAUGAUGCAGCAAAUGGCCUAGAUGAUGAAGAAGAUUUCAGCAGCUCCCCAGCACUGGGUAAUAAUAGCCCCUGGAGCAGCAAACCUCCAAAUAACCAGGAGACCAAGUCUGAAAAUGCCACACCACAAGCUUCCCAGUAAGGCCAUUUUCUGCAGCCAAGCAAACCCAGUUUCUAUCAGCUGAAUUUCAUCUUUCUUGCUAUUACAGUAUUGUUCACUAAACUAAAGGGAAAAACAUUUUUCAAAGCUACAGCAUUCCAGAUGGAUAUCAGAAGCAUGUCCAUUGCAGAACCAUCAGGAAACUCUUCAAUUUGAUAUACUUCAGUGAGUUCAGUUCCACAAAGCACAGGCCUGUUACAACAGGGGAUCCUUUUUCACAUAUUUUGUUAUGGUAAAGUAACAAGGUGAAAAUUAUUAAUGUUCAAAUUGUUUUGCACAUCUAAACAAUCAUGUAAAUCCUAGUUAAUGAAAAAAAACAUUUUUUUCCAUAUUGCACCUUUAGUACUUGCUAUUGAAACAAGCCUGUAUUUAUUAAAUAUUUAUAUUCUUAUUUCCCCUUCCAUGGCUGGUUGUUUAACCAUCAAGAGGACGUUUUAUUGAUAUAUGAGUAAAGUGGAUGGUUGUUCUGAUGUUACAUAACAAACCCUGAAACAAAUAAGUUCCCUUUUAUGGAAAACACAAGGAAAAUAUUUUAUCUUGGAAAAAGUGUCAUAGGCACAUUGUCCUUCUGUUCUAGGUCAGAGACCACUGAAGAGCAUAGACUCAAAAGUUAAAUACAGAUUUGUCUUUCCGACCAUGAAGAUAAUUUAUAGGGCCACAGCUUUAUAAAAACAGAUGUACCCCAACAUUCAAAGCCAUGUAAUAAAUUGGUUCAUGGACAAUUUAAUAUGAGGUUUUUGCCUUUGGAUCUCACCUGAUAUGACAGUGUUGCUACUUGUUUGAACAGUGUUCCUAUACAAAGUUUUUUGAAAUGGCUUAGAUCAGUUUUUGAAUGACAACAUAUUUAUGUUUGACUUUAUUGGGACCUAAUUUUCUUUCCAUUUGUAUCAAAGUUCAUAAUAUGUAAAAAGCAAAAAACUCUCUAUGUUAUACUGAGGAUGUAUUUUAUGUAUGCUUUGCAAUCAAUAUGUGCCAAUAAACAGUGAUAAAACUUGUUA